GAGACACAAACAGAGAGAAGAAGGGCAGGAAACCCUAGCAGCCCGCAAAACUAUAAGCCAGGUUUAAUUCCUUUCUUUUUCUCUAAUUUUUCUAAUUCUUCUGACCAAGAAAUAACCCCAAAGCACAUUCCUGGUCCCCACCUGCUUUUAGUUUCCAGGAUAACCUGGGACUCCAGAGAGCUAUUGCAUCCACUCGGUCCUUCCCGCUUUGGCACACAGAUGGGGUGGCUGCGCGGGAGCAACUCCUGGCUCAGCAAAGAAUGCACAGUAGGAUCAGCUCAGUGGAUGUGAAGUCAGAGGUCCCUGUGGGCCUGGAGCCCAUCUCACCUUUAGACCUAAGGACGGACCUCAGGAUGAUGAUGCCAGUGGUGGACCCUGUUGUCCGGGAGAAACAACUGCAGCAGGAAUUACUUCUUAUUCAGCAACAGCAGCAAAUCCAGAAGCAGCUUCUGAUCGCAGAGUUCCAGAAACAGCAUGAGAACUUGACACGACAGCAUCAGGCUCAGCUUCAGGAGCACAUAAAGUUGCAACAGGAACUUCUAGCCAUAAAACAGCAGCAAGAACUCCUAGAAAAGGAGCAGAAACUGGAGCAGCAGAGGCAAGAACAGGAAGUAGAGAGGCAUCGCAGAGAACAGCAGCUUCCUCCUCUCAGAGGCAAAGAUAGAGGACGAGAAAGAGCUGUGGCAAGCACAGAAGUAAAGCAGAAGCUUCAAGAAUUCCUGUUGAGUAAAUCAGCAACAAAAGACACUCCAACUAAUGGAAAAAAUCAUUCCGUGAGCCGCCAUCCCAAGCUCUGGUACACGGCUGCCCACCACACAUCUUUGGAUCAAAGCUCACCACCCCUUAGUGGGACCUCUCCAUCCUACAAAUACACCUUGCCAGGAGCACAAGAUGCCAAGGAUGAUUUCCCACUCCGAAAAACUGCCUCUGAGCCCAACUUGAAGGUGCGGUCCAGGUUAAAACAGAAAGUGGCAGAGAGGAGAAGCAGUCCCUUACUCAGGCGGAAGGAUGGAAAUGUCACUUCAUUCAAGAAGCGAAUGUUUGAGGUGACAGAAUCCUCAGUCAGUAGCAGUUCUCCUGGGUCUGGUCCCAGUUCACCAAACAAUGGGCCAACUGGAAAUGUUACUGAAAAUGAAACUUCAGUUUUGCCCCCUACUCCUCAUGCUGAGCAACUGGUUUCACAGCAGCGCAUCUUAAUCCACGAAGAUUCCAUGAACCUGCUAAGUCUCUAUACCUCUCCUUCUUUGCCCAACAUCACCUUGGGGCUGCCGGCAGUGCCCUCGCCACUCAGUGCUUCAAAUUCACUUAAAGAAAAGCAAAAAUGUGAGACACAGACGCUCAGGCAAGGUGUUCCUCUUCCUGGCCAGUACGGGGGCAGCAUCCCAGCCUCAUCAAGCCAUGCUCAUGUCGCCCUAGAGGGGAAGCCCAACAGCAGCCACCAAGCUCUCCUGCAGCAUUUAUUACUGAAAGAACAAAUGCGACAACAAAAGCUUCUUGUGACUGGUGGCGUCCCCUUACAUCCUCAGUCUCCAUUGGCGACAAAAGAGAGAAUUUCACCUGGCAUUCGAGGUUCCCACAAAUUGCCCCGUCACAGACCUCUGAAUAGAACCCAGUCUGCACCUUUGCCUCAGAGUACAUUGGCUCAGCUGGUCAUUCAGCAGCAACACCAGCAGUUCUUGGAGAAGCAGAAACAAUACCAGCAGCAGAUCCACAUGAACAAACUGCUCUCGAAAUCUAUUGAACAACUGAAGCAACCAGGCAGUCACCUUGAGGAGGCAGAGGAAGAGCUUCAGGUCGACCAGGCGAUGCAGGAAGACAGAGCGCCCUCUAGUGACACCAGCACUAAGAGCGACAGCAGUACUUGUGUGGAUGAUACACUGGGACAAGUUGGGGCAGUGAAAGUCAAGGAGGAACCCGUGGACAGUGAUGAAGAUACUCAGAUCCAGGAAAUGGAAUCUGGGGAGCAGGCUGCUUUUAUGCAACAGGUAAUAGGCAAAGAUUUAGCUCCAGGAUUUGUAAUUAAAGUCAUUAUCUGAACAUGAAAUGAAUUGCAGAUUUGGGUAAAUGGUUAUCAUUUCCUAUCGGGUUCUAUCUCUGGAUGAUUUGAUUUUAGUGUUUAAGGAUUCUGACUAAUACAGGUAAAUGUGUACAUAUCUAUUUAGAGCUUUUCAUCUCUAAAUAGAUAUAUCAAGGUUCCAUCAAAACACCACAUGGUAAGAAAAUACCUGUAACACUAAAAUCAUGCUACUGAAUAUCCAAGUACUUAAAAGGCUUUGAAUUCAUCCUAAAGCCUGCUAUCCUAGUUUCUUCUAAGGAAAACGAACUCAUUGUUAUUUUUAUUUUAUGUGUUGAGAUCAGUUACUGCUGGAUAUAGUCUCCAAUCUGAUCAAUGAAGCAUUCAGUUAGCUUUUGAUUUCUUUGAACAUGUAGAAUUCAAUUUACACAUCACUGUACAUAAUGUAUCAUACGACAGUCUUGAACACUGUUAAAAGUAGUCUGCCCUUUCUUCCUCUCUCUCUCUCUUUCUCUGUCUACUUUUUUUUGUUAAGCAAAAAUGUUCUGGUUACUCUGCCAGUAAUACCUAGUUUAUUGUGUAGAUUGUAACUGAAAAAUAUUAGGAAUACAGGUGUUUUUAAACAAUGCAAAUUGAAGUCAUAAUUUUAAGUACUACAUUAUGUAUCACAUAUCACUGGUAAUUGCUUUUCUCUUUGUGCAAUUUAAUGGCAUUGUCUAUUGAAAGAGGUGAAAUGAAGCUGGUGCAAAUGUCAGUGAGCAGUCGUGUGCAGCCUUAGUGGUCCAGUCAGAUAUGCUACCUACAGUACAGAAAACCCAGUGACAGUGUGCUAAUCACCUGAUGGCAAGUUCAGAUCAGUUUGACAAGCAGGUGUAUCAUGUUCUGUGAUCAUUUUCAGUAAGCCCUUUAGAUAUAAUUCUAUGAUAGAUACCCUCUAAUUCGGGCAAAUGAAAAAUUGUGAGAAGUUGGGUGUAACAAGCGUUGACUCCUAUAUAAUGCACCUUCAGAAGGACUAUGUCCUUUGAUGCAAUAAAAUACAAACAACUUUGAAGGCAACUGAAGACAAUGUUUAUUUAAGCCAGUUCUUUGUCAGGUUCCUGCUGUUCUCCUACAGAAAAGUGAUUCUGUGAGGCUGAACAGGAAAUGCCCUGUGGAAACAGGAAGUCCGAGUGAUUCAUGUACUGAGGAAUGUAGAAAAAAAAAAUCUGAGGAUAGUGUUUUACUCUUUCUGUUUUUAAAGGGCACUCUAUGAAUUGAUUUAUUGACUAAGAAAAUAACACCACAAGUAGGGAAAUUGUUACGGAGGCUUUUCACUGGAACAUUUCCUUCAUUUUCCCCUUUUGAUAUGUUUACCUUGUUUUAUAGGUUUACUUUUGUUAAGCUAGUUAAAGGUUUGCUGUAUUAACAUCCCUUUAAUAUGGAUAAUCCAAAUUGACCUAGAAUCUUUGUGAGCUUUUUUUUCUAUUAAGAUAUUUAUAUUUCUAAAUCUGAGGUAUUUUAAGGUGUAGUAUCCUGUUUCAAAGAAGAUAUAACAGUUUUGCCAAAUAUAGACAUUGUUCAAAUGUAUGUUAUCGGCACAUGAUGUUUACAUUUUGCUGUGACAUUUAAAAAUACUUCUUUAAAAAUGUUACCGCUAAAGAUACAUUAUCCUUUUUUAAAAAGUCUCCAUUCAAAUUAAAUUAACAUAAUUAAAAGUUAGAAUGAGUUUAAAACUUUUCCAUAUAAUGAAAGGUCCUUCUGAUAAUUUGACAAAUAGCUGAAAUAGCUGUAAUAGGCAACAUUCCCUGUUUCCAACAUAUUUUGGUUAGUAUAUUCCUUCAUAUUAAAAUGACUUUUGUCAGUUGUUUUGCAUUAAAAAUAUGGCAUGCCUAAGAUAAAAUUGUAUAUUUUUACCAUCUCAUAAAUAUUCAUUUCCUUCAAAGUCUUUUUUCAAACUUAUAAAAAAAAGGGAUAGUGCAUCUUUUAAAAUACAUUUUAUUUGGGGAGGAACAUGUGGCUGAGCAGACUUUUGUAUAAUAUUACUUCAAAGAUAUGUAAUCACAAACAUAAAAAACAUCCUAUUUUUUAUAAUGUCAUUUGAGAAAGCUUCAGAAGUACAGUUUGUGGACAUUAAGUGUUUGAAUUUGAUAGUCUUUGAAUUUAAUCAAGAAACUACCUGGAACCAGUGGAAAGGGAAGCUGGACUUAAAUAAUUUAGAAUUAAUUGAUAAAUGUUUCUUUUAAAAUCUACUGUAUUUAUUAUAAUUUACACCCUUAGAGGUGAUCUCUUGUUUUGUGUUGUAAAUAUAUUGUUUGUAUGUUUCCCUUCUUUUCUUCUGUUAUGAGUCUCUUCCUUUCUCAAAUAAAGUUUUUUUUAAAAGA